AUGCAAACCAACACCAACAGCCACACAAGGGCGUCAACUGCAUCCCCAUCGCCAAUCAGUCAGUCCUCGGGAGGUGAUACAUCGCUCGGCAAGCCAUCUCGGAAAAGAAUAUACCAUGUCAUGGAUAUUGCAGCGGCUUUUGUAGCUCUGGCUUGCCUAGCGCUGUCAAUUUUGGUAGUCUCGAACGACCACCUCUCUUCGUAUCUUGGUACCGGAAAUCGUCAGCUCAUCGUUAUCGGGUUUCUUCUCAGCAUCAUGAACCUGUGCCUAGGCAGUGUCACGCCGACGUUCUUCUUACUUCUCGAAGCCCGUGUUGGGAAUUCCACGCUACAGAAUUACGACGGAAUUCUUCGCAACACACCUAUGGCAUCCAAACUGAGCUUUGCCUGGCGCAUGGUCCUUGUUACCAUGCUAGCCCUUCCCGUUGGCCUCAGUGCAGCGUACAAAACCUUCACAGGCGGUGAGAGCAGCAUGAAGAUUCAUGCUCCCGACUACAUUACAAACGCCAUGUACUUUGGUCUUUUUAGACCGCCAGCCACGGCAUCAUCAAUGCACGGGGUUUCAUUCUUUUUCAACGCAACCAACUCGUUUCGAGAUGCAAGUGAACGAGCAGCGAAUCUCUCUGAACCUCCGCUGCCAACUUUCCCUCAAGCUUACGGCUACAACAUCCUACUGCUUAAUAGUUCCAGCGCCGCGCAACUCGACAUUCUAGAUCCCAAUUAUAUCCUCAAGAUACAGAAGUUGCUUGCUCCCGGCGAGUCGUGGAACAUCACUGCGUCUGUGCUCGGUACCGUCGCUACCCUCAACAAAUCGGCGGCCACCGAAGAGGACUUUAAGUCCGCCUGCAAUGAGAUGGAAUCCAACCACACUUGGUACCAUGAAAGUAAAGACCUAUUCGUGGGAUCUUCGGCAUGCUCGCUCUCCUUAACGGAUAGAAAAGAGGAAUCGGACCAAUCGUUGCAGUAUGUCGGUUUAGCACCGGGCAAUCCGAAUUGCACGCAGUACGCACCACAUAAUAUCUACACCUACAAUAUCUACCGACAGCCAUGUCGGGGUACGUGGUCCGUCAGCAGAGGUGGCUUUCGGCUUCUCGAGGGUUGUUGUGAUGACCAUAUCCUGGACUGGGACAAACAGCAGGUAAUUCAGUGGCAAUAUUCGGCACUUCCAUCAUGGUACACGUGUGUUUUGAUUGAGAUGCUGAGAACCUUCUGCCUCUAUCCUUCCAAAGAGCAUGACGCUUAUCGAGGCAAUCGGUCUGUUUGGAUGAUGCCGUACAUGUCAGUCUCUGUGGCUACCAUGAUGUGGUCAUCGACCGUGUCAAAGCAGGUGACCUCUUUCGACUCUGAGACAUUCGACAAAGGUCGAGAGAUAUUGACCACUCAAAACAAGACACAUGUUACAUUUGAAGAAGCUUCUAUUUUUUAUCAUAUAAAGAUGGACGAAGGCAACCAGACGGUCAUCUACACCCGGCCAACACUACAAACGUCUCCCUGGCUCUAUCUGGUCUUGAGCAUUCAGCCCUUUCUGCUGUUAAUUUUCCUUGGAACGAUUGCACUACUUCACACAGUUCCCUUGGACAAGGGAUUCGGCCUGAUAUCAAUUCUAUCGGGCGUUGAGCACCGAGGUCUGGAUAGCUUGAGCGGGGCUUCACUAUCCGGAGAGCUUAAGCGACCUGUCAAGCUAACCAUGAGCCCUGUGGCCCCCGUCCAAGGCGACGAGAAGAGUACUAUCAAGUUCGUCCAAUAUUCCUCCGAUACUGCAUCCGCAGCCAUUGACCCACAUCAUUUUUCAGGAUUUCGAACCAAUUUUACUGUCUUCAAACGGGCUCUUUGCAGGGAUUUGAAACCGAUCAUAUCUUCGUGCUUUCCUGCGCUCAAUUCGAUGCAAACUGGACUAGCUUCCUCAGGAAGGAGACUCAACAUAGGUGGACACGCGCGUCUGGAAGCGUACGUAAGGAUCUUAGAGCCAGCAAGCUGGAAGUUCUUUGAUACGGAGGUAUCCAACAAAAACACGAGCGUGGUCUUCAUCUAUGUUUAUGGACAGGCAAAGAUCGACUGGGCAGGUCAUCGCGUGCCGCAGGAGGUGAUUGAUCGGAUUAUGGCGGAGGUCGGAAAGUGGCCUAUGGGCCUAGAAGAGGCGAAGAGGGUGUGA